CUCAAUUUGUUUUUCUGUUUUUUCCUCCUCCUUCCCCUCCUCCUCUUCUCUUACAAGCUCCUUGAUUUUUCCUUGAUCCGUGCGACUACUCUGUAACGCUUGCUUGAAACAGAAAUUUGGUGCGGACCCGUUUGGAUUCUCCGUAUUCAACAGUUGGAAGAAAUCCGGAAAGACGGCGGGAAUCUCAAAUUUGGAUCCUUUUUGGUGGUCCAAAUUCCAAUGCGGUCUGUGGGAAGACCACAGAGAAGAAGACGGAGAGCGAUAAGGAACGGAACAAGGACGGAUUUGGGAGACACCCAGAAGGCUACAUCGAGAAUCGAGAGGCAAUCGGGAUCGAGGGAGCGGAAUCGCAUCGGAUCUGAUGUUGGGUCGGGGAUUGGCUGCGGGAAUAGGAAUUAAGGUUUCGUUUCGAUCGCAGCUGUUCUUGUUGUUGGUGGGGCUGCACGAUCAAGGAUGCAUCUUCACAUAUCGCCUAGCAUGAGAAGCAUCACGAUAUCGAGCAGCAAUGAGUUUAUUGACUUGAUGAAGAUCAAAGUCGCAGCUCGUCACAUCUCUUAUCGAACCCUUUUCCACACCAUCCUAAUCCUUGCUUUCUUGUUGCCCUUCGUCUUCAUCCUAACUGCCGUCGUUACACUUGAGGGUGUCAACAAGUGCUCCUCCAUUGAUUGUCUGGGGAGGCGGUUAGGUCCACGGCUUCUUGGUAGAGUAGAUGGUUCAGAGCAGAGACUAGUUAGGGACUUCUAUAAAAUUCUAAAUGAAGUAAGCACUCAAGAAAUUCCAGAUGGUUUGAAGCUUCCAGAUUCUUUUAGUCAACUUGUUUCUGAUGUGAAGAACAACAACUAUGACGCAAGAACAUUUGGUCUUGUGCUGCGAGCUAUGAUUGAGAAGUUCGAAAGGGAUAUUAGGGAAACUAAAUUUGCAGAGCUUAUGAACAAGCAUUUUGCAGCAAGUUCCAUUCCGAAAGGCAUACAUUGUCUCUCUCUAAGAUUGACAGAUGAAUAUUCUUCGAAUGCUCAUGCACGUAGACAACUUCCUUCCCCAGAGUUUCUCCCUCUUCUUUCAGACAACUCUUACCACCAUUUUGUAUUGUCCACGGACAACAUUCUGGCCGCAUCAGUUGUCGUUGCUUCCACCGUUCAGUCAUCUUUAAAACCGGAGAAAAUUGUCUUCCAUGUCAUCACAGACAAGAAAACCUAUGCGGGUAUGCACUCAUGGUUUGCCCUUAACUCUGUUGCCCCUGCCAUUGUUGAAGUGAAAGGUGUUCAUCAGUUUGACUGGUUGACGAGAGAGAAUGUUCCGGUUUUGGAGGCCAUGGAAACCCAUAACGGUGUCAGGCAGCAUUAUCAUGGAAAUCAUCUCGCUGGGACAAAUCUCAGUGAAACCACUCCUCGGACUUUUGCUUCUAAAUUACAAUCUAGAAGUCCAAAAUACAUAUCUUUGCUCAAUCAUCUUAGAAUAUAUAUACCAGAGCUUUUCCCGAACUUGGACAAGGUGGUGUUCUUAGAUGAUGAUGUGGUUGUCCAGCGGGACUUGACUCCACUUUGGGAUAUCGACCUGAACGGAAAGGUUAAUGGAGCAGUAGAAACAUGUCAGGGGGAAGAUCAGUGGGUGAUGUCUAAGCAUUUCAGGAACUACUUCAAUUUCUCCCAUCCACUCGUAGCAAAGCAUUUGGAUCCCGAAGAAUGUGCAUGGGCAUACGGCAUGAAUAUCUUUGAUCUACGAGCUUGGAGGAAGACAAAUAUCAGAGAAACCUAUCAUUCUUGGCUUAAAGAGAACCUGGAGUCGAAUCUGACAAUGUGGAAACUCGGAACAUUGCCACCGGCUCUUAUAGCGUUUAGAGGGCAGGUUCAGGCAAUAGAGCCGUCAUGGCAUAUGCUGGGAUUAGGAUACCAGAAUAAGACAAACAUAGAAGAUGUCCACAAGGCAGCAGUGAUACACUACAAUGGCCAGUCAAAGCCUUGGCUGGAGAUUGGGUUUGAGCAUCUCCGGCCAUUCUGGACAAAGUACGUCAACUACUCCAACGAAUUCGUAAGGAGCUGUCACAUCUUGGAGUAACUUUCUGAGAAGAAAAAGGCCAAAAGGGUUAAUGCAUUUGACCAUCAUUCCGAAGAUUUUUUAAUGCUUUGGGCCCUGCAGAUUACGCAGCUGCCCACAGUACAAGGGAAUGAACACUUGGGGGGAGGAUCUGAAUCUGAUCUGCAGGAGGACAAAGAUUCAUUCUUUCUGUAAUAUAGAAGGUGCCCUUUUUUUCUAUAUCUUUGGGGGUUUGAAAUGGAGAAAGUUAGAUCUCUUACAAGAGAUGGGGAGACAUAUUGGAUUUUGGUUUUUGGCCACUUUGUUGAUAAAUGAAGAAGAGACUAUUGCAUUGGCUCUACUCUCUCUCUUUAUUAUUUAAAUAAUUCCAUUAGGAUCAGUGAUUUUAUGG